AAACGCCAAGACACUUAAAAACUUUUCACUACCAAGAGUUUGGUUCAAGUUUUUCCUCCUCUCAACACUAUAUAAAAGGGAUACUCCUAAGACAUUGUUACAUUCACUCACGACCAUUACACCACACCUUCAUUCAUUGUAGAAAUAUAUAUACACACGCACAGCUUCUAUAGCUUCUAUAUCUCUUUCUUUCUCUAUAGCUGAGCUUUACAAUCUGCACUGUAAACACAAUCCAUUGUCACUGCUAUGGAAGCUAUCUCCUCCAAUGGACACUAUGAUUGGGCCAAAGAGGUGAAGGAUUUCGACGAAACCAAAGCUGGAGUGAAAGGACUUGUGGAUGCAGGCGUGACAAAGAUCCCCAAAUUCUUUGUCCACCCAAAGGAGAGUUUGGAGAGCCUGCCACCGGCUAAAAACCCUAGCAACGAUGCACUUGUGUUCCCCACCAUCGACCUUCAAGGCAUGGACAGCUAUAGUGAUCGAAGAAGGGAGAUAGUGGAUGGCAUUCGUACGGCGGCCUCAGAAUGGGGCUUCUUCCGCCUGGUGAAUCAUGGCGUCCCCAUGACCACACUGGAUGCCAUGUUGGAUGCCGUUCGCAGGUUCCAUGAGCAGCCAAGAGAGGACAAGAUGGAGCUGUAUUCCGCGGAUAGUAGGCGUAGGGUGAGGUUCAACAGCAAUGUUGCUCAACGUGAACUUGAUGCUGCAUGUUGGAGGGAUUUGUUAACUUGUGUCUUCCAUGAUGAUACACUCGACCCUGAAGCCAUUCCCCUUGUUUGCAGAAAAGAAGUGCAAGAGUAUGUGAAAUGCAUGAUACAACUGAGGGAGACUAUGUGUGAGUUACUAUCAGAGGCAUUAGGGCUAAACAGUGACCACCUCUCCCGCUUAGAAUGCAUGAAGAGUGAAGCAUUGGCUUGCCUUUACUACCCAAUAUGCCCUCAGCCAGAGUUGACCUUGGGCACAGUCAAGCAUUCUGAUACCACCUUUUUAACUCUACUCCUCCAAGACACUACAGGUGGUCUCCAAAUUGUUCAUCAAAAUCAAUGGUUUGAUGUCCCUCCUGUUCCCGGUGCUCUAAUAGCAAACAUAGGAGAUCUUAUGCAGAUUAUUAGCAAUGACAAGUUCAAAAGUGUGGAGCACAGAGUUUUGGCUCAACCGAUCGGACCGAGAGUAUCAGUUGCAUGUUUCUUCACUCCAAGCGGUAGGGCUGGAUCUAAGACUUUUGGACCAAUAAAGGAGCUUGUAACUGAGGAGAGUCCAGCUAUAUAUAGAGAAUUCCUCUGCGGUGAAUAUUAUCAAUAUUACAAGAUGAAAGGAACAAAUGUUACCUCUGCUCUUCCUCACUAUAAGCUAUGAUCCAUCAAACCACAAACCCUACCCUAGCCUACAACUUAUAAUGUUGGUGCUGCUUAAUUUAAUAAAUCUGUAUGCAAUUUAAUUCUAUGUUUGUCGCAAUUAAUUUUGUUCAUUUAGUUAUGUACUAGCUUUUAUCAAUGUUACAUGUGCAAUGAAACAGUUUCAGAACUUCUACCA